AUGGGUGCGCGAAAAAAAGAUAUAGCUUGGUGGUGCAAGUGGGAGUUCAAAGAGGGUAAAAAGACAACAUACGUAAAUGUGGACAAAGCAGUUUUAGAAUGGUUUAAAUCGGCAAGAACACGGAAUUUGCCUAUAUCCGGAGGAUUACUUAAAGAAAAAGCAUUGGAAUUUAGUCAAAAAUUAGAACAACCGAAUUUCAAGGCAAGCACUGGUUGGCUCGAUAAUUGGAAACGAAGAUCUGGUAUAUGUCAUAAAAAGGCGUGUGGUGAGAGUAAUGAUGUAAGCGAAGAAGACUGUAUGAAAUGGCAACGUGAUGUUUUACCUCACUUAUUAGAAGGUUAUCAAGCACGGGACGUAUUCAAUGCAGACGAGACGGGCUUAUUCUUUAAAUGUCUUCCAGAUAACACCUUAACUUUUAAAAACCAGAAAUGCCAUGGAGGAAAGCACAGUAAACAGAGAGUUACGUUGAUGAUUGCCGCAAACAUGGAUGGAUCAGAAAAAUUUAAAAUACUCUUGAUAGAUUUCGAAGCCAUCUGCACAGGCUUGGGAUAUACUCUAAUGGCGCUUGUCGAUUCCGCGACUCAUCCAAUACCUCGCCUGGAACGGUUGGAGAAAAAACUGUUCUCAUGUUCUCAACCCAGUCUAACACCACCUAAGAUUUCUUAA